AUGUUGGCCCAAGCUCCCCGGACCCUUCCACCCCAGCGCUAUCCACAACCGUUCGGGAGUGGGGCACCAAAAAAGACAAAGUCCGGAGAGAUUGACCUCUCGCUGCGCUUCAGAUUCGGGAUACACACCAUCUUCUUACUGGUGUCGCCCUUGACAACGUUUGACGACAUCUCAGCUGAGCUACUAUCCGCCAUCCGUGAGCGCUACCCGCGCGGCCUCAGCUCCUCUAGGAUUUCUCCAAACGACACUCCCAUCCCAGGCGAGGGUGAAGAGGUCACGGUCGUGUACGGGGCGCUUGCGAGCAAACACCACCUCGAGUCGUGGCGCGACCUCAAGAUCGAGGGUUCAGAGACGCCCAUCAGCAAGAGCAUCAGGGACGGGACCGACAUUGCCUUUCUUGUGCGCACCCCGGACGAGGAGGAUGACCCGGUCAAGUUUGUAGUUGAAUGGCCUAGGUUGGACGAUGAUGACGAGGAAGAGGAGUAA